AAGAGAAGCCGACUGUGUGGUGCCAAAUUGCAACAAGCAUGAAGGUCUUGGUUGCCGUCAAGCGCGUGGUGGAUUAUGCCGUCAAGGUCCGCGUGACGCCCACGGGCGUAGACCUCAACAACGUCAAGAUGAGCAUGAACCCUUUCUGCGAAAUCGCCGUCGAAGAAGCGAUUCGGUUGAAAGAGAAGAAGGUCGCGACGGAAGUUGUUGCGGUGUCGAUUGGACCCAAGCAGGCGCAAGAAACGUUGCGUACGGCGUUGGCCAUGGGGGCCGACCGUGGGAUUCACAUUGAAACGGAUGUCCGCCUCGACCAGGACUUGCAACCCCUCGCGGUGGCCAAGCUCCUUGCGAAAGUCGUCGAAUCCGAAAAGCCCGACUUUGUCGUGUUGGGAAAGCAGAGCAUUGACUCGGAUGCGGCGCAAACCGGCGCGUUCCUUGCCGGGUUGCUCAACUACCCCCAAGCGACCUUUGCGUCGAAGUUGGACAUCGCCGACAAGAAGGCUCUGAUCACGCGCGAAACGGAUGCCGGCGUCGAAACGUUGGAAUCGUCGCUGCCGUUGGUCUUGACCGCCGAUCUGCGGUUGAACCAACCUCGCUAUGCGACUUUGCCCAACAUCAUGAAGGCGAAGAAGAAGCCAAUCGAGUCCAAGCCCAUCGCAGACUACGGCGUCGACAUCACCCCCCGCAUCCAAACGAUUCGAGUUGCCGAACCCACGGCCCGAAAGGCCGGGAUCACCGUCCCUGACGUGGCGACCUUGGUUGAAAAGCUCAAGAACGAAGCUGCCGUCAUCUAGACAUCUUGAUAACUACUUGAACGAUGCCACGCUUCUUCUUCGUCGUCGUUCCUUUCCAUCCCGUGGCCGCUCCAUCGCCACCGCGGUCGAG